UGAAGUAAUUGGGGCUGAAGGGAGAGAAGUCAAUGGACCGUGCAAAACAGAUCCAACAGUCAUUACCUGUUUGUAAGUAUAAGAACACAAACAAGCAGACUGCUUCUGGAGAGAGAGAUCAGAGUGUGUCAGGCACACGUUCCCCUUCACAUCUCUUUAGCUUUGACUCUUCUCAGGAAUGCCAUCAGAGGAGUUUGUUCGUGGGAUGCUCUAUCUGUCCCUCACAGUUAUGGGUGUUCCAGGAAACACUGCUGUAAUUGUGGCUUUCCUGCUCUUGCUUCACCAGGAGAGCCGCCUCCUUGCAGCCGAUGCCAUCGUCCUGCACCUUGCCUGUGCCAACCUGCUGGUGGUGGGCAUACGAUGCCUUCUGGAGACCCUGGCCUCCCUCCAUGUGGCCAACAUCUUUGGAGAUGUGAGCUGUAAAGCUGUGAUCUUCAUCUACAGAACAUCCCGUGCCCUCUCCAUCUGGCUCACCUUUCUCCUGAGUGCCUACCAGUGUCUGAGCAUUGCACCUCCCGGGUCACGCUGGACAUCUAUCCACACCUUGGUGGCCCAAUAUUUGGUCUUUGUGUUCCUCUUUCUCUGGGUUCUCAACACCUCCAUGACCACAGCAGCCAUACUCUUCUCCUUUGGUAGCAAGAAUGACUCCAGCUUGACUAACAACGGCAUUAAUGUACAAUUCUGCUACGUAAACUUUCCUUCAAAGCAAUCCAAAGAGGCCAAUGGGGCAGCUCAGAUGGGCAGAGAUGUGGUGCCCAUGGCCCUCAUGACACUAGCCAGUCUGAUAAUCCUAAUCUUCCUUUACAAGCACAGCCGACAGGUGAAGGGACUCCGCAGCAGCAGAAGCGGUGGUGGUGGAAGCAGUGGGGCUGAGCAACGAGCUGCCAAAGUCGUGGUGGUGCUUGUGACCUUGUAUGUGGUUCUGUAUGGGGUAGAUAAUGGACUUUGGGUAUACACCCUCACUGUGAGGAAAACCAUGAGUUCCUCCCUGAUCUCUGACCUCCGUAUAUUCUUCUCCUCAUUGUAUGCAGCGCUAAGCCCUCUGGUUAUUAUUGUGUCUAACAGGAAGGUGAAUAGCAGGCUCAGAUGUGUAGCACAUGAAAAGCCUGUAAUGGAGAAAGCCACAAGUCCUUCUUCUGUGUAAGGCCUGCUGGGAUUGUUCACAGGGCUGGAGGGGAAGCUGUGACUCAAUUGUCUGAAGUCUGGGUCAUGCUUGGGUCAUUCUGCCUUUGCAACAUACUGGGUAAAUUAUCUUUUGUGACAGGCUUGGCACAGGCUCUUCUUACCUCUGUUGUGCCUUUGUUGUUGUGAAUUUAUAAUAAGGCGUUCUUUUCUUAAAUGUACUGGACUAUGUUUUUUUUGAAAGUUUUCAGAUGUUUCAAUGAAUGAGUUAUUGGA